AUGAGGGGGGUCGUUUUUGUGCUGCUCAUCACUCUUGUGGGGAGCCAGAAAAAUGAUAUCGAACCUGGUUUUAGCAAUCUCAAAUCCUACCUUUACAACUAUACCGGACUCAUUCAGAUUGGAUUGGAAGAUGGGGAUUUAGAAAAAUCUGUCUUAAAACUGUCUUGCCAAGUAAAGAUCAGCAGAGUGUCCCCGGAAGACCACAUUCUUAAGGUCCUUUCUCCACAAGUGGAAGAAUACAAUGGAAGAUGGCCCAGAGAUCCAACCUUCAAAACACCCACUCUCACUCAGAAGCUGGAUCUAUGUUUUCCUGAACCAUUUAAGUUUGAAUAUAGAAGAGGUUGCAUUGGAAAUAUUUAUGCCCUUAAAAAUGUCUCAAUCGAGUGCAUAAAUAUAAUAAGGGGCAUCCUGAACUUGCUGCAGAUAUCUGUAAAUGAGAUGGAGAGUGUGUACGAGCUGCAAGAGGAUGGAGUUGGAGGAACUUGCCUCACCAAGUACAUUGUCCAGGAGGACAAGGCCAAUAAUGUAAGCACCAUUUCCCGAACCAAAGACCUCAGCAACUGCACAAACAAAGUUGUGAAGAACAUUGGAAUGGCCUAUGUCCGGCCUUGUCCUACAUGUCCUUUGAACAUCACAAACACAAGAGGGGCUGUGGCCUUCACCUACCAACUAAAAUACAUGGAUACUGGAGCCCUGAUCACACACAUUGACUCCCGGCAGGUGUAUACUAUCUCCCCAUUCAAUGAAGUUGGUAGUACUGCUGUUAUGGAUGCAAGACAAAACUUGACUUUGAUUGAAACGACAACCAACCAAGACAAAAUGCCAGGGAACUUGCUGCAAAACUACGGAAAUAUUCAUUAUCAGUUUCCAGAAGACCUUCCCCAGAUGGCUCUGCACCUAAUAAAGACCGAUAACCCUGAGCCACGGAUGGUGAAAAUGCUGGAGUGGUUAAUUCAGGAGAGCCAGCUACAACUCCAUCCAGAAGCGCCAGCCAAGUUCUUAGAACUUAUUGAACUUUCCCGAGCAGCCACCUCUGAAGAUCUUGAAUCUCUCUGGAAACAGUUUGCAGAUAGACAGCUAUACAGGCGCUGGCUAUUGAGCGCAGUUGCGGUAGCAGGAACCACCAAUACGUUUACGUUCCUGAAGCAAAGAAUUCAAGAAGAGUCUCUGAAUUCCUUGGAAUCUGCUCUCACUCUUACUUUGGCCUUCCAUUUAACAAAAACCAGUAGCCUUACCUUAAAAGCAGCAGCAGAUCUGAUUACCUCGCCUGGAGUUCAGAAAUCUUCAGCGCUUCGCAUCGUCGUUGACUUAGGAUACGGCGCCAUGGUAAACAGGCACUGCACUGACUUCCACCCCUGCCCUGCUGAAAUUCUUCAGCCUCUCCAUGAUCUUGCAGCUGGUGCAGUCAGCGAAGGACAUGAGGAAGACAUGGUGCUGGCCUUGAAGGCCAUGGGCAACGCAGGAGAACCAGCCAGCAUUAAUUACAUCAAAAAGUUCUUGCCAGGGUUUUCAUCUAUGGCUCAUGCUUUGCCAGAGAAUGUCCAGACUGAGGCAGUACUAGCCUUGAGGAAAAUAGCAAGGAAGCAAGCCCCAGAAGUACGGGAAAUUCUCUUUCAGAUCUUUGCAAACAACUCUCUUCCUUCUAAAGUCCGGAUGGUGGCCUGUGUUGUUUUCUUUGAAACCAAACCUGCUGUCCCUCUAGUGACAGCUUUGGCCAAUGUCGUGCAAAGGGAGAGAAAUCUGCAGGUUGCCAGCUUUGCCUAUUCGCACAUGAAGGUCUUGGCCAUGGGCAAGAUUCCACAGCUCUAUGACCUGUCUGCAGCUUGCAGAGUUGCCAUCAUGCUGCUCUCUGCCAGGCUAGAGAAGUUGAGCAUUCGCUAUAGCAGCGUCAUCCACAUCGAUGGCUUCUACCGAAAUUACAGAGCUGGUGCAAUUGGAAGAGUCUACCUAAUGAAUAGUCCGAAGACACUGUUUCCAUCAGUCCUUGCAAAGAUGAGAGGCUACUACGCCACUUCAGCAAUGGAUAUUGCAGAGGUUCAUUUCGACCUGGAAGGCCUCGCCGAUAUCUUCAAAACACAAGAUAUUCCAUUUGCUGAGUCUUCAAUGUACAAAAAAAUUAGGGCGCUUGGGAAACUGCUAAAGGGAUGGAAGGAACUCCCUUCAGAAAAGCCUCAGUUGUUCAGCUCUCUGAAAUUAUUUAGUCAUGAUAUUGCCUUUGUUCUGGUUGACAAAGAACUCAUUGAAAAGGCUGUGAAGCUUGUGACCCAACCAGCAGAGAUGCUGACCCCCCUGUUCCAAAAUGGCAUAACAGGCAGAUGGACCCAGCCCAUACUGGCAGGAGAACUUCGACACAUUGUACCUACCUGUGUAGGCCUCCCACUGGAACUUGGCUUAUAUAGUGCCAGCGUGGCAGAUGUUUCAGCAAAAGUCGAUGGGAAGAUAUUUCCUUCUUUGACUAAUGACUCUGGACCAGAACAGCUGCUUAAAGCCAGCCUGCUUCUUAGUGCUGACAUUAACUCAAGCGUAUCAACACAUCUGGUAGGAGUGAUGGCAAUCAACACACCACAUUUCCAAUCUGGUCUUGAAUUCCACGCUAAAUUCCAUGCAAGCAUUCCGGUUAAAUUUGAUGCCAAGAUAGACAUGAAAGAGGAAAUAUUUAAGUUUGAAAUGACCCCAGUCCAGCAGCAGACAGAAUUAUUGGCUGUGAGGACUAAAUUUUAUGCUGUGUCAAGGAAUGCAGAUGAACCAAAUUCACCUUUGAGGACCCCGGUUCCGCCAGACAUGAUUGGAUUUGAUGUUCUAGAACAAUGCUUUGAAUCAUCAAAAGUUAGGACCAAAAGGCAAAGAAGUGUCUUUGAUAUUGCAUCACGGGCAUUCAUUUAUGGCUUGAAAGAAGAGUUUCACCACAGUCAAAGAAACGCAAUGUGUUCACCCAGCUCAUAUAUCAAACUAUCUAGCUUAGGGUAUCAAACAUGUCUCACCAUGAAAGAGUGCAGCACUGCGUUCUUCAAAGAUGCAUACCUACACAAGUAUUUUGGGCAAUGCGAAAUCAGACUAGCUGUGAAACCAGAAGCGGCUAGAACCAAAAUACAGCUGGAGGUUCAAGCAGACUCUAAAUCGCAUUCAAACGCAAUCCACCUGAGGCACACCGAUGAAGAUGAAGAUAAUGUAGAUAAUGAAUCCUCUUCUUAUGAAGACCAAAAGGCUAAGAGAAAGAAGUGGAAGACUAAAGGGAAGAAAGAGGACGCUAAAACCAAGAAGAGCAAAGGAACCGAACUGCCCAAAUUCUUGAGACACAAUAAAUCAUCGGUGCUGGUUGCUGAUCUCCGUGCUAUCCAGAAUGAGAAGAAGGUCACCAUCCUUCACCUUGAGCUCCACGAUGAGUUACACACUUCCAGGCCUACAGUACAAGUCUUUGUGUCAGACUUAAAAGAAUCCAAAAGACCCAAGCUCUGUGCUGGUAUUUCCAUUCUUGAUCCUCAGAAGGCUGAGGGUUAUCUAAAAUGGGGCUGGGAUUGUCGAGACUACAAUAUUGCAACGAAGGUUGAAUAUGGAUGGUUUGCUGGUUAUCCAGCUAUGCAAAUCAAGGUGGACUGGCUCAGAGUUCCUCCCAGACUAGAAGCUGCUGCAAGUGGGCUAUCCACAUUUGUUCCUGAUAUGGCCUGUAGGCUUGGAUUGUCCCAAAGAGAACAGAAGAAUCCUUCACAGCAGACUUCUGUAGUCGUGGCUCUCACAUCUCCGAGAAGCUGUGCUCUUGUUCUGAAGCUACAUAACGUCACACUUUAUGACACAAACAUCUGGCUACCACUUCCACUCCCUGUAGCCCAACAUGCAGAAGAUUUAGCAAAGCAGCCCCAUGCCUGGAGUUUCAUCUCUAAUCUGCCAUCCUCAUUUGUGGAAAAUCUGAAAGGUCGUUGUUCAGUAUCACAAGAUACUAUCACAACUUUCAACAAUGUUAGCUUUCACUAUAUAAUGCCUGCAAACUGCUACCAUGUCUUGGUCCAUGACUGUAGCCCGGAACUGAAAUUCCUGGUGAGGGCAAUGAAAGCAGAACAGUCAACUGAUCUGAUAAUGGCCCGUAUCGACUUUGCCAAUCUGGAGGUUGACAUGUAUUCUUCAAAUGGACUUGAAAAGCUGAGGAUUAACGGUACUGAAAUUCCACCAGAGAAUCUCCCAUUCACUUUCAAUUCCAAAGGUGAUAUCCUUAUCACUCGUGAGAAGAAUGGCUUGUCACUAAAAGCUCCAGAAGUUGGCAUUGAAAAUCUCUUCUAUGAUGGACGCACGCUUAUGAUUCAAGUACCUUUAUCAAUGAUUGGGAAAACCUGUGGAAUGUGUGGAAGAUAUGAUGCUGAAUAUGAACAGGAAUAUAAGAUGCCCAGUGGAUAUGAAGCCAAAAAUGCUGUGAGCUUUGCUCAGUCUUGGAUUCUUCCAUCAGAAUCCUGUGCCAAAGGUUAG